AUGCACCUAUAAACGCAUUAGGAUGCAGGAAUAGGUUCGUACAUGUGCUGAUGUAGACAUGAGGAGGCGUUAGUCAGAGCUGGGUUAAGUUUCGUUUCUCUGUUAUGGACGGGGCUUGUGGGGAAUAAAGCGGUUUGAUGCCCAGCCCUGUCACUGAACUGCGCUGUGAGCCUGAGACAGACUACAUCCGCGUUACACCCUCACUGCAUUCACCUGCUGUUCACCAUGCGACCUUCUCGCUCUGAGGUCCGGGCUGUCGGGCUGGACUUUAUCGAGUUUUUACACGAGACGCAGAGAUUCAGUGUCACUCAGAGAGAUGAGCUUCAGCACAUCUACAACACCGACUUCAGGAACAGAGAAGGUGCCAGAGAUCCCAACUUCUCUUCAGUGCUUUUUGUCCUCAGGACGAGCAACAGAGCGCGGGUCACCCGCGACCGACACGUUUACUUUAACGCUAAGAUACGAGUGUUAAAAGAUCAGUGGUGGAAACCUAGAGACACGCAGCCAAGUGGCAGUGCUGCUAUUCUGAGCGUCUCAAGAUCUGCACCUCAUGAUGCUCUGGAAGCAUUCUCUCCACCUCCUGGACCUGAGGGUGGUGUUAGAGCCAGAAGGAAACUGGCUAAGGAGAUCCUCAAGAAGCUCACUAAUGAGAGAGCAGAGUUUGUGGCUGAUAAAAAUGGAGUUCGGGUCAGCUCUGAGAUGGAGAUCGUGGAUGGGAGAUUGCGCUUGUGUGUGGAGAGUGCAGAAGUUUAUGAGUGGAAGCUGUUUGUUGAAAACACAGGGCAGUAUGCUGUGAAUUUCACCUACUACUCACCACUGCACUGGAUCCACUGCUUCAUGUUUGAGGACUCCAAGAAAGUCACACGCAACAAUCCCCUGAGCCUACGUCCUGGUGAAAAGUAUGAGGUCACUGUGAAGUUUCGUUCAAAAUAUGUGGGUAUAUACCAGGCUACGGUGGCCUUUGAGUUCACGCUGAGCAAGGAAACAAGUCCCAGGUCAUUCCACAUCGUGCGCUAUAUUGAAGCUGAGUUCAGCACACAGCUAGCUAGAGAGCUGGCACCCAUCGAGCCCUACACACCCUUCAGACUAAGCAGAGACCAAACUGAUGAUUUUACUGUGGAUGAGGGAGAGCGACCUGACAACCUGGCCAUACAGCGUCUUCAAAAUGAGGUCCCAUUGCUGCUGUAUAAAUGCCCAGACUAUAUCAACGACCUGAUCGACUUUCUGAAAGCCCCACGUUUUCCCGAGGCCUAUCUGUUGCAAAAGAAGUCUCUACUGGAGUCUCCUCUGGAUUUUUAUAACUACACAGAGCGCUUCCAGGUUCUACUGUACCUGGAGGAACGUCAAAUGGAAGUGGACAUCAAGAGAUAUGAUAAGCAUGAUGUCACCAUGAAGAAGGACAGCCACAGCAAGAAACUGUUGGUGCUUGAGGUUCCAGGUGUUUCUGAAAAUCGUCCAUCGGUGUUAAGAGGAGAUCAUUUGCUGCUGACUAAGUCUGAUGACCUGAAUUCACAGCAUAAAACCAAAUACAAAGGCUAUGUGCAUCGUGUGGAGCUCGACCGACUCAGACUGGGUUUCUCACAGAGUUUCUUGGCCCGUUUCAUAGACAACAUGAAGUUUCACGUGGAGUUCACCGUUAACCGGCUACCGCUGAGACUCCAGCAUCGUGCCGUGCAGCUGGCUGUCCAACACAAGCUUAAAGAGGUGCUGUUUCCUACAGAAUCAAAUGUCCCAAUCUCAAAGCCACAGCUUUCACUGAGUUUGUUUGACAGAAAGUUGGAGCAGAACCUUGAGCAAUACACUGCAGUGUGCAACAUUGUAGCUGGCGUGUCUAAGCCAGCACCGUACCUGGUGUUUGGACCUCCUGGCACAGGAAAAACAGUUACUAUGGUAGAAGCCAUUAAACAGGUGGAGAAGUGUUUGCCAAAUGUGCAUAUCCUGGCUUGUGCUCCUUCUAAUAGCGCUGCAGAUCAGCUGUGCGAGAAAUUGCUGCUACAUGUUGACACUCACAAAGUGUACCGAAUGUACGCCAGCAGCCGCAGCCCCGACCAAGUGCCCCUCAGUCUGCUGGAGGCUAGUAAUCUUAAAGGUGAUAUGUUUGAGUUUCCAUGUAAAGAAGAGUUGAUGACAUAUAAGAUUGUGGUCACCACUGUGGUUACAGCUGGCAGGCUGGUCACUGGUGGGUUGCCUGCUGGUCAUUUCACUCAUAUCUUUGUGGAUGAAGCUGGCCAUGCAGUGGAGUGUGAGACCAUCAUUGCCAUAGCUGGUCUGCUGCGUGCAGAGACAGGGCAGCUGGUGCUGGCUGGAGAUCCGAAGCAGCUUGGACCGAUUCUAAGGUCUCCAUAUGCUAUCAAAUAUGGCCUGGGUCUGUCACUUCUGGAGAGGCUGAUGACUAAAAAUCCACUCUAUAAGAAAACAGAUACUGGAUUCAACAAUAACUAUGUCACCAAGCUACUGCGCAACUAUAGGUCUCACAGGGCAAUCCUGAAAACUCCUAAUGAGAUGUUUUAUGAUGGAGAGCUGCAGCCAUGUGCAGAUGAAUUCAGUACCAACUUCUACUGCAACUGGGAACACCUUCCCAAAACGGGUUUCCCUCUGAUUUUUCACGGUGUGCCAGGGAAGGAUGAGCGUGAAUCAAACAGUCCAUCUUUCUUCAACACCAGUGAGAUCACCGUUGUCGUUGACUACCUGAAAAAACUGCUGCUGUCACAGGGCAAGAAAGGCAUUGCCAGGAUCUCACCCAAAGACAUUGGCAUCAUCACCCCCUACAGGAAACAGGUGGAGAAACUGCGGAAGGCCAUCACAAAAUGUGAUAAAGAGCUGAAAGACUUCAUGGGCAUUGAAGACCUGAAGGUGGGCUCAGUGGAGGAGUUUCAAGGUCAAGAGAGGAGGGUGAUCAUCGUGUCGACUGUCCGCAGCAGCGGUGAAUACCUCGAAUUAGACUCCUUUUUCAACAUUGGUUUCCUUAAAAAUGAAAAGAGGUUCAAUGUUGCUGUGACACGAGCCAGGUCUCUGCUCAUCGUUGUGGGAAACCCUGUCAUUCUCAGUACUGAUACAACCUGGUGCAAGUUUAUUGAUUACUGCACUGAAGAGGGAGGCUGUACUGGUUUCAAGCGCACCUCUGUAGAGGGCACAGAGGAGGUGGUGGCUCGGAUCAUGGCCCUCAGCAUCCAUACAGUGGCUGAAGUGGAAACUGAGGAGAGUGCCGUCCAGCAGUAUGUAAACCCCGAGUGGAGGAAUGAACAGUAACCCUGAGAAACACACUCUCUCUCUCUCUCUCUCUCUCUCUCUCUCUCUCUCUCUUGCCAGUUUAUAAUUUUGUAGGGUGUUGUACCUCCUUUUGCCUUCAGAACAGCACAAAUUCCAAAUAUUGAAAUCCCACUCUAAACAGAGCUCAGCAAUUCUUUCCAAUUUUUCUUUCCAAUCCUCAGCAAUUCUUUAUGUGAGAUUUGCAGACUGUGCUGGCCACUAUUCAGUUUAAUUCAGUUUUAUUUCUAUAGCACUUUUAACCAUGGACAUUGUCCCAAAGCAGCUUUCCAGAAAAGCUAAAGCAUUAAAGCAAUAAAAAAGUCCCUGGCAUGUUCCUGAAAGCAUUCAGCAUCGAUACAUACCUUGUGACAUGGCGCUUUGCUAUGCUGAAUGUGUCUCUGAGUGUGUUGAUAAGCAGUAGCCAUAAAGGAAUAAAGUUGGGCAGCAGUGAUGAGCAGGUAACCGUGUGCACUUCCUUAUCAAGGACUCGGGGACGAUAGGAACGAGCAUGCCCUGUGCUUACUAUCAUACCGCAUUUAUAUUAAUUAAGAUCACCUGUUUUACCCAUUCCAACCCCCAACUAAUCACUAGCUGAUGCUAGAAUUGCUAGUUUACGCAUAUGACUUGCAGUUUGUGUGAAGGUGAACUUUAUAAUAAUCUGCCAACUCGGUGUAAAGAAACAAAGCACAUUUGGCCCUUUUUUUUUACUGAUGUCCCAAAUAGAGUGUGUGUAAUUUGCAUCUGCAAUCUGAUAAACUGUGUGUGUGAUUUGGGGGCAUGCUGCAGGUGAUUUACUAAGAAGAAUUGAUGAUGUCACAUGCAAAGCAGUAGAAGAAAACAAUAUUAAAUACAAUAUAAAAAUUACACUGUAACACAGAUAUGUGUAUAAAGACACUGAUAUGUGUGAAUGAGGCAAAAUACAACACAAAUGCAAACUAAGAGUACACAUGAAUGUCUAAUAUGUUCAUAUGUUAAAGAAAAAUCUUUACAGGGUGCGAUCGUGUCGCAAAUAUUUAGUAUGAUACCAACUUUACCGUAGUCCUAUUUACAAGAAACUUUCUCAAUAUUUUGAUACUGGGACAUAAUAUUUGAGAAACUUUAUAAAACCAUAUAAUAAUAGUUUCGUUUCAGAAAUUGAUUUCCACAAAUUUAAUACCUGCCCUUUGUAUGUAUCAAUUUGCAUCAUGUAUGAAAUGACUUACAUUUAUGAAAUGACUGAAUAAUUGACACUAAAUUAACAUAUUUUAUAUAUGUUAUAUAAAGGAUUAACAUCCUUUAAAUUGUUUAUUUAUUAAGACAAACCUGAAAAAUGGAUGCUUUAUUUUGCUCAUUUGAAAGACAUGAUCACCUGCAGAAUGUGAGUAAAUAAGUUUGCACAUUUUUUUCAGGUUUUAUCAAAUGUUCAUGUGCUGUUACACAUACAGACCUUUAAUAAAUCAGGGCCUUAUUUUUUUUCUUCUUUUUCUCACCCUCUGUUGCCACCUUCUGGGUAUUUAUCAUAAACAAUUACAUUUAACCUACAUGUUCUGCCUCUCCAUUUUUAGUUUAAGUCCACAGAAGUUGCACAGAAAGAAUUUAUUAUGAAUUAUGAAAACUUUUACAUCAUAAAUGAUUCAGAAUUAUACUCUAAUGUUGAUAUAAUUGAAAUAUGUUGAAAUAUUGAAUAUAAAUACAGAUCAUUGAAAUUUGUUGAGAUGACAUUAAGAGCAGGGACCAUUUGCCAUCAGUGCCAUCAGAAUGAAAUUUUCUCACAAAGUUAGUACAGAAAUGACAGCUGAAUGUCUUAAUGAAGUAUAAAUUAUUUCUGCAGAGAUUUUAUUAAUCAGGAUUUUUUUUUUGUAUCACAGCUUUUAUUAAGAGUAUAUAUUUUUUUAAAUGUGUCUGAAAUGUUUGAGGAGAAUUUUGAAUUUAUCUGGAUAUUGUGUCCAAAAAAUAAGAGUUGGAAUCUUAUUAAUAAAGUAUAAUAAAAUGUUUAUCAGUUGUUCGAA